AUGUCUCUUACGUCUCGUCUCGAAUCGAACUUUAUUCGUGAGUAUAACGAGACGUUCAGCUUUACAUAUUUCAUCGGUCCACCAAACGCAUUAUCUUCUUGCGCUCAUUCGCAGCAAGCCGAGUUAUUUGUUUCGCGUAUGGCUUCAUUCAUUUCUUAUUCAUCUGAAUUCAAUUCUCUUAUUGGCUACAAAUCCGAAAUUAAAUUAAUAGCUUCUAGACCAGUCUCUGUGCCAUUUGCACAUGAAGGUGGAGCUUUUGUUCCCACUACAAAUGAAGUUUGGUUUACAGCUAAUCAACUACCGAUUCAAAAUACUAAUGUAAGUAGAGUCAACCUCGAAACAAAUCAAAUAGAAUUGCUCUCCAUCCAACCGUCAAUUCUAACGCCGAAUGGUGCUAACUAUUUUGAUGAUUCAGUCUAUAUAUGUUCGCAAGGCAAUCAGACAACAUCGGGAGGAAUCUAUGCUGUCAAUCCGACAACACUUGUCAGUCGACUUGUUGUCAAUUCAUGGUUCGGAUUACGACUCAACUCUCCAAAUGAUGUUACAUUCACUAGAAAGAUCGGCAGAGGAAAAUACAUGUGGUUUACUGACCCACAAGUUGCUUACAUGCAAGAUUUUGGAUCUUUACCACAAUUAGGCAGUUAUGUCUAUCGUUUCGAUUUGACUACAUCCGAAUUACGACCAGUCAUCACAGAUCUUGUUGUACCCAAUGGAAUUGCUUUCGAUCUAAAUGAAACGACAUUGUAUGUGAGCGACACGGCACCUAGUUCAUAUGGGCAUGGUACUUUUAUGGUUUAUGCUUAUGAUCUGAACAAACAUGGAUUGCCAAUCAAUCGUCAUGUCUUUUCUGUUAGUUCAGCAGGUAUUCCAGAUGGAAUCAAAGUAGACAAGAUGGGGCGAGUAUGGACAGGCGAAGGAGAUGGAAUCAAUGUGCGAGAUCAUCAUGGAACAUUGUUAGGUGUAAUACUUGGCCGAGAUUUAUGUCAAAGUGGAGUUAUUAGUAAUUUUGCCAUAGUUGGCAAUCUAGUGAUAAUUCUGGCACAAGAGAAGGUGUGGCGAUUGGAAUUAGCAACUAGUGUGCUGUAA